GUUACGUUGAGGCUUCAGAUGAUUCUUAACGUGCGUGGAUACGACGUGGAGAUACGUUAUAUUCCUGGCUGUAAACAAAUAUUGGCUGAUUUUCUGAGUCGAGCAUCUUUACCAAAUUCCAAACAGGGAAAUUACGAAAAAUUCCAGGAAAUUCAUAUUGUUAUUGCAGUUUCCGACGAGCGACAUGAGGAAUUCCAGAAGGAGACCAAAACACGUGAGUGA